AUGCCGACCCCUUUAGACAGAGCAUUGAAUUCCAAGGUACUACCAACAUGUCAGUCUACACUUUUGAGAAAUAAUCUAUUCCUAGGAUUUGCAGGAAUGGUCACUGCUGUGGCAGCCUAUACCAUCUUGGGCAGCGAUGUUCUUCCUGCACAGGCAGAUCCCACUGGCGACCCCGAAAACUGGACACUGGAUGAGAUGACAAGAUGGCUUAAAGCGAGGGGCCUUUUACCGAGUGAGGCUGCGACGCGUGAGGAGCUCCUUGAAAGAGUCAAAGCAAACCUCCGCAUACCGCGCAAGACAUCGGCUGGGCCGUAA